AAACUUCAAGGGCCAUUUCGUCAACCAGCAUUAAAUCUCCCUAGGGUUUUAUAACAGCAGCAUAUAUAAGGCCAUUGCUUCUACUCAAAACUCUUUCAAUAAGCCGCGGAAGUAAAACCCUUGAAUAUUCCGGGGAUUAAGGAGUUCAGUGAAAAUGGCAACUGUUCCAGGACAGCUGAUAUGGGAGAUCGUGAAGAAGAACAAUUCGUUUUUGGUGAAGGAGUUUGGGAAUGGAACUGCCGGAGUUGUGUUCAGUAAGGAGCCCAACAAUCUCUACAAUCUCCACUCCUACAAGCAUUCUGGGUUGGCAAACAAGAAAACAGUGACAAUUCAACCUGGCAAGGAUCAGUCGGUGCUGCUUGCAACAACAAAGACCAAGAAACAGAACAAGCCUGCCACUGUGCUUAACAAGUCUGUCAUGAAGAAAGAGUUUAGCCGUAUGGCAAAGGCUGUUUCAAAUCAGGUGGCAGAUAACUAUUACAGGCCAGAUCUGAAGAAGGCAGCUCUUGCAAGAUUGAGUGUUGUGCACAGGAGCCUUAAAGUUGCCAAGUCUGGUCCGAAGAAGAAGAACAGGCAGGCUUGAGGUCCCUGGUAUCAAGUGAAGUAGCAGAUAAAUUGCUUUGAUGCUAUAGUACUGAAGUUUUAGAGGGUUUUAUUUUUCGUGAACUUAUCUUUAGUUGGCUCUAAUCUUAUCCUUGUUUUGGACCCAAAUCGACAUACUACAAUUUGUUUUUCUUUCACAUCUAGUGUAUGGCUGACAUCUUUCAUACUUGCUUUUACGUUGGAUGUGAGAUUCUUCAUUUGACGAUAAAAAAUUUUAUUAUACACUUAAAUUUGCACUUGAAA